AGAGAGAGAAGAAAAAAGAUUUGCGCAAAAGACAGACAAGAACGGCAACACUACCAAACCAAACAACGCGAAUUCCGCCCAAGAAAAAGAGUUGGAAAAUGGGGUAAUAAAUGGGGAGAGAGAUCUAACGCCGUUGAAGGACUUGCUUUGAGAAGCAAAAAAAAAGUGUGGGAGGGGCAACGCCGCGCUAUACAAGAGGUAGAGGGGAUGCGAUGA